UGGUGGGAGGAGCGCCCAGGAGGUCGGUCCGGGUGUCCUGGCCUUCGCUUCUCGAAAGGGCCCCGCCCCCGGCGUCCCGUGGCCAUGACGACGGCCCCGCGGGACUCCCUGGUGUGGCAGCUCGCGGGGCUGCUGCGGGAGUCGGGCGACGUGGUCCUGUCUGGCUGUAGCACGCUGAGCCUGUUGACUGCCACCCUGCAGCAGCUGAACCAUGUAUUUGAGUUGCACCUGGGGCCAUGGAGCCCUGGCCAGACAGGCUUUGUGGCUCUGCCCUCUCACCCCGCCGACUCCCCUGUCAUCCUCCAGCUUCAGUUCCUCUUCGAUGUGCUGCAGAAAACUCUUUCACUCAAGCUGGUACACGUCCCUGGUUCUGGGCUUCCAGGGCCCAUCAAGAUUUUUCCCUUCAAGUCCCUUCGGCAGCUGGAGCUCCGAGGUGUCCCUCUUCACUGCCUCCGGGGCCUCUGUGGCAUCUACUCGCAGCUGGAGACCCUGAUUUGCAGCAGGAGCUUCCAGGCCCUAGAGGAACUCCUCUCAGCCUGCGGCGGUGACCUCUGCUCUGCCCUGCCCUGGCUGGCUCUGGUCUCUGCCAACUUCAGCUACAAUGCACUGACUUCCUUAGACAGCUCCCUGCGUCUCUUGUCAGCUCUCCGCUUCCUGAAUCUGAGUCACAAUCAAGUCCAGGAUUGCGAGGGCUUCCUGAUGGACUUGUCUGAGCUCUACCAUCUGGACAUCUCUUAUAACCACCUGCGUUUGGUGCCAAGAGUGGGACCCUCGGGGGUGGCUCUGGGGACCCUGAUACUGCGAGGCAAUGAGCUCCGGAGCCUGCAGGGCCUGGAGCAGCUGAAGAACCUUCGGCACCUGGACUUGGCAUACAACCUGCUAGAAGGACACCGGGAGCUGGCGCCACUGUGGCUGCUGGCUGAGCUCCGCAAGCUCUACCUGGAAGGGAACCCUUUGUGGUUCCACCCUGCGCACCGAGCGGCCACCGCCCAGUACUUGUCACCCCGGGUCAGGGAUGCUGCAACUGGCUUCCUCCUUGAUGGGAAAGUCUUGUCAGUGACCGACUUUCAGACUUCCACGUCCUCGGGGCUUGGCUCCUCGGCUACACCUCUGCAUGGGCCAGCUGGGAGUACUGUCGAAACCUCAGGUGGCCCUGACCUGAGUGACAGCAUCUCCUCUGGGGGCGUUGUGGCCCAGCCGCCUCACCGGAAGGUCAAGAGCCGGGUCCGUGUGAGGCGGGCAAGUAUCUCAGAACCCAGUGAUACAGACCCAGAGCCCCGGACUCUGGAUCCCUCCCCGGCUGGGCGGUUUGUACAGCAGCACCGGGAGCUGGAACUCUUGAACAGCUUCCGGGAACGGUUUGGCUGUGACUGGCUGCAGUACAGGAAUCACCUGGGGGCGUCUGGGACCCCUGUUGUGGCUACGUCCUCCAAGGCCCCUGCCCUCAGCACGCUGCCCCUGAGCCCAGGGUCUGUGCCCGGACCUCCGCCCCCAGAGAAGGAGUCCCCGCAGGAAACGGCGGAGGAGGUCAGGCCAGAGCUGGAGCUCCAGGAGGAAGGGGGGCUGGAGGAGCAGGGGAAAGAGGAAGAAGGAAAGGAGGACGAGGAGGAGCAGGAGCCCGAUGAAGUGGAAGUGGAGCUGUGUCGCCCCAUGUUGGUGUGUCCCCUGGAGGGGCCGGACGGUGUGCGGGGCAGGGAAUGCUUUCUCCGGGUCACCUCCAGCCACCUGUUUGAGGUGGAACUCCAAGCAGCUCAGACCCUGGCCCGGCUUGAGCUCCAGAGCCUGGAAGCGGCCGAGGUGGAGCCUGAGCCUCAGACCGAGAGGGCAGCACUCGAGGGCUCAGAUCCCCUCCCCGGGGCCCCUGUCCUCGUUCUUCGUUUCUCCUACAUUUGCCCUGACCGGCAGCUGCGUCGCUAUGUGGUGCUAGAGCCCGACGCCCAUGCAGCUCUCCAGGAGCUGCUUGCUGUGUUGACCCCAGCAGCCACCACGGCUCAGCGUCAGCUUGGGGAAGCAAGAGACCCGCUGCGGGGCAGACUCCAGUGUCUCCGCUGUGGCCAGGAGUUCAAGCCAGAGGAGCCCAGGUUGGGGUUGGACAGUGAGGAAGGCUGGAGGCCUCUGUUCCAGGAGACAGGGACGGUGCUCAUCCCUGCAGAAUCUCCAGCUGUAUGUCCACACUGCGGUAGUGAUCAUGUGGUUCUCCUGGCUCUGUCUCUGGGAGCCACCAGCAGGGAGCCUGGGCAGGGAGAACAGUCGCCAGAGCCCUCGCAGACGGUCAGUGCCGUCCCCGACCCUCCGGGGCACAGUGACCCCGGCAGCAGGGCUGACAGGGCCCCGUCCCCAGCACCGGUCUCCCAGGAUCGCCACAGUUGGAGCCUCAGUCCCCCCCCUGAGCGCCAUGGCCUCCGCUCUGUGGACCACCGGCUCCGGCUCUUCCUGGAUGUCGAGGUGUUCACCGAUGCCCAGGAGGAGUUCCAGUGCUGCAUCAAGGUGCCGCUGGUGCUGGCCGGCCACUCUGGGGAGUCCGUGUGCCUGGUGGUGGUGUCUGACCACAGGCUUUACGUGCUGAAAGUGACGGGGGAGAUAUGUGGGCCUCCAGCCAGCUGGCUGCAGCCAGCCCUGGCUGUGCCCCUGCAUGACCUGAGUGGCAUUGAACUGGGGCUGGCGGGACAGAGUCUGCGGCUGGAGUGGGCUGCCGGUGCAGGCAGCUGCAUCCUGCUGCCCCGAGAUGCCAAGCGUUGCCGGGCCUUUCUGGAUGAGCUCACCGAUGUCUUGCAGGCUCUGCCCCCCAGUUGGAGGAGCGGUGUCAGGGCCACAGAGGAGGAGGUGACCCCGAAGCACCGCCUCUGGCCAUUGCUGGAGAGAGACUCUUCCUCCGGGCCUCCCCUGUUCUUCUACCUUCGGGUGUUCCUGGUGGAAGGCUCCGAGGCCUGCCCUGUGUCCCUGAUGAUGACUCUGUCCACCCUGUACCUGUUAGAGGAGGAUCUUGUGGGGUCCCAGGUGGAGCCCACUCUUCCAGCAGCAUCUGGCGAAGCCUCUGAGCAGUCCCUGCCCUUGGGGCUGGGCCCUUCUGUGCGCAUCAGGGAGCAGUGGCCCCUCAGCAGCUUGAGCUCGGUGCUGCUCUAUCGUACGGCCCCGGGGGACCUGAAGCUGGUCUUCUACGAUGAGGUGUCCCGGCUGGAGAGUUUCUGGGCGCUUCGCGUCGUGUGUCCGGAGCAGCUGACAGCACUGCUGGCCUGGAUCCGGGAGCCCUGGGAGGAGUUGUUUUCCAUCGGACUCCGGACUGUGACCCAAGAGACUCUAGAUCUUGACCGGUGAGGCUUCUGUGCCCACCCUGCCUGCCUCGGGAGCCGUGGCUGCAGAUGCUCCUUCCUCGGACCCCUGCUGCGGACUUCGGCAGCCUUGGGGGCUCGUCAGUGAGGCCCCGGUGACCCAGGGCACACGGGCAGGGUGAGAGGAGUCGCUUGGCCCGAUUGGGCCCAAGGGGCAGGCUCCGUGGUUGGUAGGAAUGUUUCUCUUGCACUUUGUCUCAGGUAUCAAUAAAAUUGCUUCCAUUCCGGA